AGAAGAACGCACAUAGGUAGGUAGUAGUGUUUAUGUUGACAGUGUUCGACACGAGCAAUAACGAGCUGAUGAAUAUCGGUGUGCUGAUUUGUUCUCGAUGACAUGCUUUGUGGUCGUUGUCGGUACGGAGUAAUUGAAACAGCAAGUUGUAGGCGUAUUCCUCCUAUUCACUGUGAAGCACACGAGCGAAGACACCGAGAGUGAGAGAGUUACUUUGGCGUUUGCUGCAGGGAGGUCGGUGCCCUGUGGAGGCAUUCUGAUCGAUUGAUUGAUACUAUGUGUCUUUAAUACUCCAUCUACGUGUCCUAGGAGGUGCACGUACGAACUUGAGAUCAACUUGUUCAUCUGGACACAGACAUGCUCUAGGAUACUCAUCUCGGUCCAUUGCUUCUUCUGUCAUCCUAUUCUGUGCGAUGUUCUUCACAUGAUUCUCCCACAGGCGCUGCGCUUCUAGUAGCGCGUGAUCUAUCCCCUAUAUACCCCCAAGCUUUUUCGGCUGUAGAAGUUCUUACCGGUUUGAUUGUGUGAAGGAGAUUCGUAAGAACAAAUGUUCGUUGCUUUCUUCUGAUCAAUCAUGAAUAAGGCGACCUGGCAUUCAUUGAAGUUAUUCCAUUGCUAGUCGUAACAAUAAGUACUCCGUCCAUUUAGUCACUCAUUAACCCGUCUCUAAAUCUGUUCAAAGUUCUUGUGCCCUCAUGUUUUGAUUGCUGUAAUUGUUUGAAGCCUUUUUCAAUGGAAGUGCUUAGUUAUUGCUGCUUUUGUUUUCUAUAAUUUUGGUUGAUACGUGUAAUCACUAGAAAAGGUACCAAAAAAGCAUGGUGUGUUGCGUCCCAAAACAACGAUCGGCCCGUGGACAGGGAACAGGGACCACAGGAGCACAUGGAUCCUCAUGCACAACUAGUACAGUUGUACCUAAUAGUGGUAAAAACAAGCAUCUCGAUGGUCAACCUCUGAUACCAUCUCCAACUCCAUCGCCCUUAGCAGUUGGAGGAGCUGUUCCACCCCGUUCCGCCUCCAAAGUCUCGAAAGGGAUAUCUGGUGUCUCAUCGAUUUAUUUUGAUGCUUCAUCGGAUGCGGAAGAGGAAACGACGACGAAAGCUAGCACUACGUCUAGCAAAGAUCAUCCUGGAAGUGGAGCACAAGUCGGGGAUCACCCAUCACAAGAGGUUAUCGAGCAAAGGAAGCCAGGUCCUGGUGUACCCGUUGAACCACCACAAGACUCAAUCGCCACUGACCUUCGAGGUGGAAAAUUCCCGGAACCAUUUGACCCGAUAAAGAGGGCUAUAAUUAUGGACGAUUUUUUUUUCAACCUGAUGGUACUACGGCUCGCGUUGCCGGGCAACAUCAAGUACUACUUCACAGUACUUGAUGUUGACAGGUAGGAAAAUGUUAAGCUUCAUCUCACCAACUUCCUCUCAGCAACGAGUAGCGCCACUGUAGAGACAGCGGACCACCUUCACAACUUCAACAGUAGCGAAAUGCGUAGAACUCAAAAGAGACUCAGGGAAGUCGUAGGCCUAACCCGAAUCGAGUAACAUCAUCAUCAUCACCAUCAUCAUCAUCAUCAUCAUCAUCAUCACCGUCAUCGUCGUCAUCUUUAUCUCGCCUCUUGCUCUUCUAACCCAAUCCACGCCACAACCAACGAACGUUGCCUAUACGACACUGACCCAAGCACCAAGUCUGCCUUCAGUCCGCAGCAGGUAACACUGUUUCAAGAACAUGAAGAGCAACAAGUGGGCUCUCCAUCGUUAAGGCUUCCCCUAAUCUAUCUCUAUAGACAUCCCGCAACAGUAUCAAUGCACCCAAUCCAAGGGACACGGUGCUGAUGCAUAUCCUUGCGGGAUCCCUACAGGGAUGAACUAGGGGAGGCUCUAACGUCGGUAGACACCUUGCGAGACAGUCCAGUAGUGUGGCAGAUGCGGCGUGCGAGUGAAGAAAAAGCCUUAGCCUACAGAGUCCGAACUAAGGCGAUGGCGCGAUGGGGGGAACCUGACCUGAAGCCGAUUGUUAUGGUCGGUUACUUGUACUGUUACUGCAGCAGCCUCAGCACCACUCUACUUCUCAUUUUUUAGCUUUAGAAGUUCUUCACUUUCCUGAUGUUGAACCGACCUGCUGACAUCACCUAGUUGUACGUGACAUAUUCUCCUACCGCAAAUGAUCUCCCUCUAAAACGCAAGUGCACUGGAUGAAAUUUGGUGACAAAAAGCUCACAAAACAAGUCCAGCAACAAAAGCCUGGCGUAACUUUCGUCAAACCUUUGACUGGUAUAGAGUCACGCAUCGCCUAUGGAAUCGCCGAACAGAAGUGGGUUGUGGAUGAUAACAAGGAUACGUCUGGAAUGGAUUAUCCUGGAGCGUUAGCAGAUUAUCGUUCGGGGUCAGUUGGUGGUGGUCGCUACGUGAUCAAAUUAGUAUCGAACCCACAAGUAUUCUUCGAAGUGCGGUGGCAACCAGGGAAAUUUAUGGCUGGUUGUUGUGAAAUUCAAACAAGUAAAUUAAUAGUUAAACAACACUAGAGCAGUGCCUUAGAAGUCAACGAGCAUUCAAUCACUCGUCUUUGUCUAUUCACUCCAUGUCAAUGAGUAACUCUUCUGUUUCCAACAUUUUCCCGUUCUUCCUUCUCUAACCUUCACACCCGUCCAGUCGCUUACUGCACGUGUUGGCGCGGCACACCCAAAGAGCGGACUGGGAUUAUAUUCCUCUAUAGCUACAUCAAGUGUGAUGAGUCUGGCUUUCUACCGAUGCCGCUGUACGUGACUACCCAUGCUUGGGAUCCUGUGAAGGACGAGUGGGUAGCUGGAAAUAUGCCAGUUAAAUGGAGCUGGAAAGGGAAAAGAUGAUAUGACUCCUCCAAGGAAGAUGUUCUUGUGGGUCCUAUAAUCCUAGGUUUUCUGCGCUUGCUUUAUUUAGUGCUGCGGAUCUCGAUGUGUUAUAUGAGAUGUUGACUCGAAAAAUUUGAUUGCAGGUUCUAGUACACUCGUCCUGUACUUUUUUGUACUAUGAU